AUGGAUGUGAAGUCAUUGGCAAAAUCGAAAAGGGCUCAUUCUCAAAAUCACAGCAAAAGGCAUCAACCACAACAAUCAUCAAAAACGCCUUCCGUUGGUUCAGACAGCAAGAAGCAGACAGGAAGGCAAGCUAAAGGGAAAACCCCACAGCCUCAUGUCCCAAAACCACUCCCUUCAAAUUGGGAUAGAUAUGGUGAAAACCUCGGUUUGGAUUCUGAAGAAGCCCUGACUAGCUCCAGUCAGCCGACAGAGUUUGUGUUGCCGAAAAGUAAAGGUGCAGAUUAUGCUCACUUAAUUUCGGAGGCCAAAGAUCAAUCUCGAUCAAGUCGGUCUACGGAUGUUUCUCAUUUGUUUGGUGAUGUUAUUAGUGAUUUUACUCGGGAUUUUGGUCCAAUGCUUCUUGCGGCCAAGGGGCAAAGCUUGCUUUCAUGGGCUGACGAUGACGAUUUCGAGUUGGAAGGGAAAACAAGCACCAGUCAUGAGGCACCUUUUCUUUCACUUGAUCUGAAAGCACUUUCUGAACAACUUGCAAAGGCAAAGCUGUCAGAGAGGUGUUUUCUAGAGCCGGAUCUAUUUCCUUCGGAGCUGUUGGACGAGUUACAAGCAUGCGAUGAAGACAAACAUGAUCCUAAAACUCGUACAUCUGCAACCGAAACAAAAUCCAGAUUCUCAUCUCCUCUCCAUAACCAAGAAUUUAGUCAAAACUAUGGACCUUCAUCGACCAGAGAUCUUCUUGUACAAACCCCCGCACAAGCAUUGGAAACUUUGAAGCAAGAAAACAUUGGAAUCUUGCAGUCACAAGACACAGCGAGAAGCAUUUCACGAGAAUCUAUUCCAGAGCAGAUAUUUGUUCCCACUGCUAAAAGCCCAUCGAUAUUUGAGGCGGCAAGUGCAGAAGCAGAACUAGAUAUGCUUUUAAGCUCUUUUGGGGAAACUGAGAUUGUUGAGUCAAUAGGUGGAAAUGUGAAGAAUCAUGAGCAUACACUGACAUCGGCUAAUAUUGAUGAUGAUAUUGAUAAACUACUUGAGGAGACAUCUAAUUUGACGGUUUUAGACGGUAGAAGGGGAUCAAAUGAGGUAAGUGCAAUAGCUGAUGAUAGAUCGUCCGCCUUGAAUGCCGACUCUAAGUCUAAACUUUUGGACGAUUUUGAUUCGUGGUUGGAUACAAUUUGA